AUGCCCAGAUUAGACAGACACUUUAGGAAUUGUUCUUGCACCACAAGAGAGAGACACAAGAGCCACUUGGGAUCCAGAGGCACCGGGCUGGCUGCAAAAGUGGGGAAAAUGCUGAAUUCCUCUGUUACCAGUUCCUCGCUGGUCCUGGUGGGUCACGGUGCUCUGAACACUGACAUGUCAAACAGGACCAUCAGUAAUAGCAGCGGGAGCACUGGUAGCAGCAGAAUCACAACCAACAGUUGGCACCACCACUUGGUGCAGCGGAGUGUUGUGCUUUUUGCUGUAGGGGCUUUCCUAGCCCUGGUCCUCAAUCUGCUGCAGAUACAGAGGAAUGUCACCCUGUUCCCCGAAGAAGUCAUUGCCACAAUCUUUUCCUCCGCCUGGUGGGUUCCUCCUUGCUGCGGGACAGCAGAAGCGGUCGUAGGCCUGCUCUAUCUUUGCAUUGACAGUCAUCUUGGAGAACCCCACAAAUUCAAACGAGAAUGGGCCAGUGUGAUGCGCUGUAUUGCAGUUUUUGUUGGUAUUAACCACGCAAGAGCUAAACUGGACUUUGCUAAUAACAUUCAGCUCUCUUUGACUCUAGCAGCCCUAUCUUUGGGCCUCUGGUGGACAUUUGAUCGCUCAAGAAGUGGCCUUGGCCUUGGAAUUACAAUAGCAUUUCUAGCCACUCUGAUCACUCAGUUUCUCAUAUAUGAUGGUGUUUAUCAGUAUACCUCCCCAGACAUCCUCUAUAUCCGUUCUUGGUUACCUUGUAUAUUUUUCUCAGGAGGUGUGACUGUAGGAAACAUAGAUGACAACUGGCUAUGGAGAGAAAAUUGCAAACCACAUUGGAAAAUUUUCACCGAACUAAGAUUUCUCCUUGCAAGAAUCAUUCCACCUUUCUCUGAUGACAGAAAUCACUGGCGAUCACUUAAUGCCUUUAAGUAUAUGGCUUCCUGUGAUCACAGACAUGAGAAUGCACACUGCAUCCAUUUCGCUUUUGAACACAUUUUGGCAUAUGUAAUGUUCUUUCUGGGCCUCUUGUUACAGCAGAAAGGUGACAGUAAAUACUGA